UCAGUAGAUUUUCAUCUAUUUGCAACGCAACGCCCACACUCUUCUCCCCCUUCUCCCAGCCGAUCCCUCUUCUUCCGUUUCAUUGUCGCUUCCGGUUUAUCGCCGCCGACCUUCAAAGCGAGGCAGUUGCUGCAGGCUGUUCAGUUUCCUUUGCACAUCCAAAGCUUUUCUCCCGUUGCCUUGCUGCUGAAUCGACGACUUACUAUUCGUCCCCUCUGUUCUUCUCUCUUCCGUGGAUCUUCAGUCGACGCCGUGGCAAUUGUGUAGCAACCCGAGUCACUUUAUAUCUCCGGCGCUCAUCAAUCUCUGUUAUUGGCACCAAUCUCUGUUACUGUGCCAUACCGUGUGUACAUUAUUGUACUUAUCAGUUUCAUGGGAAAGUUGUUCGUAAUCAUGUUCCUCCUGAGGCUCUAUCAUUAGUGGUUGUGGUGCAGUGGUGACACUUUGUAUUGUGAAGAAUGAAAAUUAGGGUUUGAAUUGCAGCUUUUGAAACCUUUUUCUGUUUGAGGUUUGGUUCUUAUACCUCCAUUUGCAAUCUAAGAAAAUAAGCUAAAGGAGGGGAAUGUCGGUGUUGAUUGUGACAAGUUUGGGGGACAUCGUUGUUGAUUUGCAUACAGAUCGUUGUCCUCUGACAUGCAAGAAUUUUUUGAAACUCUGCAAGAUUAAAUAUUACAAUGGGUGUCUAUUUCACACAGUUCAGAAGGAUUUUACUGCACAGACAGGUGAUCCUACUGGAACAGGUUCUGGUGGUGAUUCUAUCUACAAAUUUUUGUAUGGGGAUCAAGCUCGUUUUUUUGGUGAUGAGAUUCAUUUGGAUCUGAAGCAUUCCAAGAUGGGUACAGUUGCCAUGGCUAGUGCAGGAGAAAAUCUUAAUGCUUCUCAGUUUUACAUGACACUGCGAGAUGAUCUUGACUACCUUGAUGGGAAGCACACUGUCUUUGGAGAGAUUGCUGAAGGGCUUGAAACACUGAGCAGAAUAAACGAGGCUUAUGUAGAUGAGAAGAGCAGACCUUAUAAAAACAUUCGCAUCAAACAUACAUAUAUACUAGAUGAUCCUUUUGAAGACCCUCCACAGCUAGCUGAACUAGUUCCAGAUGCUUCCCCUGAAGGAAAGCCAAAAGAUGAGGUUGAUGAUGAAGUGAGGCUUGAAGACGAUUGGGUGCCCAUGGAUGAACAAUUAGGUGCAGGAGAACUUGAGGAGGUUAUUCGUGCCAAAGAAGCACAUUCUAGAGCAGUUGUGCUUGAAAGUAUAGGGGACAUUCCUGAUGCUGAGAUAAAGCCUCCUGAUAAUGUGCUCUUUGUAUGCAAACUAAAUCCAGUCACUGAAGAUGAGGAUCUGCAUACAAUCUUUUCAAGAUUUGGAAGUGUGAGCUCAGCUGAAAUAAUCCGUGACUUCAAAACUGGAGACAGCUUGUGCUAUGCCUUUAUUGAGUUUGAUGAUAAAGAAGCUUGCGAACAAGCAUACUUCAAGAUGGAUAAUGCCUUAAUAGAUGAUCGGAGGAUACAUGUGGAUUUCAGUCAAAGUGUUUCAAAGUUAUGGAACCAAUACAGGCGUAAAGGCAGCAAUCAAGCUGGAAAUGGAGGUAAUAAAGGUGGUUGCUUCAAAUGUGGGUCUCUUGAUCACAUUGCAAAAGACUGUUCUGGGAACUCUGAACCUCCAAAAUACAUCUUGAAGGACGAUGCUUUCAACAGAAGAGGUGCCAAUGAUAGCUCCAGGUAUGACAUGGUGUUUGAUGAGGACACACAUGCAAGUCCAAAAAGAAAGAAACAUGUUGAGGUGGAUGAUGAUGAUAAAGAGAAACGAAAAGUGGGGCAUGGCCAUGGGGUUGUUAUGGAUGAAAGAAAACAAAAGGAUUUAUACAGACAUGAUAAAGAGUCGGGGGAUAGAAGAAAAGAUGAUUACUACUACAAGAAGAAGAGAGAUGAGGUGGAUUAUCAUAGAACAAGUAGGAAUGAUGAUAGAGAUAGAGAUAGACACAGAGGAGGUCGUAGGGAUGAUGAUAUUGAUAUGGAUAGGAGGAGGGGGCGAGAUGGUAGAACUGAGGAGUCAUAUGAUAGGAAAAAAGUUGGUGAUGAAGAUGAAAAAGAUAAUAGAACAAGUAGGAAUGAUGAUAGAAGGCGAGGAGGUGAUGACUCAUAUGGAAGUAGUAGGAAGAAGAGAUACAGUGAAGAAGAUUCAUAUGAUAGGAAAAAAGUUGGACAUAAUAAUAAUAAUAAGAGGAGUAAGGAGGAAGAGCGAGGUCGAGGUAGCAGACGGGAUUAAUUUGAGAACUUGAACGACCUUGAUAGCAUUGAUUGUAUGUGCACAUCACCCGACUUAAUUCUCUUUAUGUUAGAUCUAUAAGUUUUGUUGGUUGGUUUUAUUUUGAAUAUUUCUUCAUCAUUGUUAAUGUCUAUGCUAAAAGUUUUGUUGGUUGGUUC